UUUAUUCUCUCUGCUGGAAUCAAAUUGAAGCUCAAAAUACGCUACAACCCUCUCGGAGUUGCGCAUUGCGACUCUUGACGAUUCUCUUUGGUUCUUCUUCUCUGCUGCGAGGAUGGUGGAAACACUUUUUGAGGAUAUAUUCCGGGUUGACGCAGUAGACCCAGAUGGCAAAAAGUUCGAUAGAGUGUCACGCAUUGCUGCUAGGAGUGAGCAGUUUGACAUGCUUUUGCACCUUGAUGUCAAUAUUGAGAUAUAUCCUAUGCGUGUUGGCGAGAAAUUUAUGAUGGUAUUAGCGUCCACGCUGAACCUGGAUGGAACACCAGAUACUGGUUACUACACUCCUGGAAACCGGAAAUCACUUGCAGACAAGUUUGACUAUGUCAUGCAAGGGAAAUUGUACAAAAUCUCCGAGGAAACCAGAGAGAAGCAAGUUAAAGCGGAUAUUUAUGUUUCAUUUGGCGGACUUUUGAUGAUGCUUAAGGGGGACCCUUCAAUUGCAUCUCGAUUUGAGCUUGACCAAAGGUUGUUUAUUCUCCUAAGAAAGGUCUGAAAUCCAAAUGCCUUACAAGGACCUCAAUUCCUUGGCUGCCGAAAAGAAACAUGUUAGCUAUGCUUCUAUGAACUUUCUUGAUAUUUCAGAGCUGAGAUCCGCAUCUUCUUAGCUACUUUGAUUCUAGCAAUAAUUCUCACCUGAUAACUUGGCUUGUGUUUGUCCGUGGUUAUGUACUAGCAGGAGCUAUAUUUUACCCUCUUAACUGUACUAGACUUGUAAGGUAUCUCAUGCAAUAGGAUGCGCGCUUUAUUUAACAUGUGAAGUAAAGCUUUAUCCUCGCGAUGAUUA